AUGGAAGCAGAGGAAGAAAUGCCACUAUUCUGGCUUCAAGCCACCGACCGUCCCCGCCGCAUCCGCCGUCAAGCCUCUUCUGUCUGUCUAAAUUCUGGUGUAUUUCUCAUAGUUUUGCUAGUUUUAGCUUUCACUUUUGUCUUUGUUAUUGUUCCUUCAGUUGGCUCUUUCACAUCUCAUGUUUUGAGACCACAUUCGAUCAAGAAAAGCUGGGACUCGCUCAACUUUUUUCUAGUCCUCUUUGCUAUUGUCUGUGGAUUUCUCAGCAGAAACAACAGCAGCAGCGAUAAUGAAACUAAAAGUUAUUAUGAAGAUCAAAGCUUGGCAAAUGUACAAAAAUCGCAACCAUCAACUCCUUCACGUAGGUGGUUUGAGUAUCAAGAUCGAACUGUGAGCUAUAACACAUUGAACAGAUUGAGGAGUUCCAGUUCAUAUCCAGAUCUUCGUCAAGAGUCAUUAGAACGGUGGAGGUUUUAUGAUGACACCCAUCUGAACAACUACAGGUUUUCAACCUCAAAUGAUCAGAUUCAUCACGAUCAUCAUCAUCCACAGCAGCACCCGCAAGAUGAAGAAACUAAGAAACAAGAAGAAGAGGAUGUAGGUGUUAAAGAUAUAGAUGUUGAUACAUUUGUGACAAAUCAAAAGGAAGUUUCAUAUCGAUCAUCGCCACCUCCAUCGCCUCCAUUGCCACCAUCUCCGCCUCCGUCUAAGCUUGUGAGAAGAAAGGUGAAGAGAACAUAUCAAGAUCUUGGAUAUCAUGAAAAAAGAACUGAUCAUGAUCAGGAGAAAAAGUUUGAAAACCUCUACAAUAUCCCUCCACCAUCUCCGCUGCCGCCGCCCCCUCCUCCUACACCACCACCAAUGUUCAGCAAGAACGACAAAAGGAGAGGUAAAGAUUUCUUGAUUUCAUUAAGAAGAAAGAAAAAGAAGCAGAGACAAAAGAGUGUUGAAAAUCUUGAAAGCUUGUUCAAUCCUGAACCUUCAACUACAACUAGUACUCUACAUUUGAUACCACCACCUCCACCACCACCACCACCCCAUUUUUUUCAAACUUUGUUCUCAAAGAAAGGCAAAACCAAAAAACUCCAUCCAGUUCCCCCGCCGCCGCCGCCUCCACCACCACCAGUCACACGUGUAUCAAAGGUGGUCUCGCAAAAGGUUACAUCAAGAACCAAGGCCCAAGUAGCAGCAGUGACAUCUCAUAAACCUCCAAAAACAGUCAAGACAAGUAGUUUCAAUAGCGUGGAAGAGAAUAAUGUGGCGAGUGGGAAUGCUUCCCCUUUGAUUCCAAUACCACCACCGCCACCACCACCGCCAUUCAAAAUGCCAGCAUGGAAAUUUGUUCUUGAUGGUGACUAUGUUAGAGUAGAAAGUUUCGAUAGUUCGAGAAGUGGAUCACCGGAUUUGGAUGGUAUUGAGGAUGCAACAUCAGAUAAGGAUCAGUCAAGUCCAAUGGCAGCAGCUGGUGGAUCAGAUUCAGCAGCAAUGCCAUUAUUUUGUCCAAGUCCUGACGUGAACACCAAGGCUGAUAAUUUCAUAGCAAGGUUUAGAGCUGGUUUGAACUUGGAGAAGGUGAAUUCUGUGAGGGGAAGGUCAAAUCUUGGCCCAGAAGCAAGCACAAGUUAG